ACCUACUCAAACAAAGCUGACCUGGGGUUAUAUAAUAACAACAGCCUUAUAAGAAGUGCGAGAAAUCUUAAUUAGUUCCCUUGUGUUGGUGAGCUCUUGUGCUUUAAAGAUUUGUUUACUCCAUAAUUGUGGGAUUUUCAAAUUUAUUUUCCGCCUCAAAAUUUGAAUUUCUUGCCACAUAAUAAUAAUUGUUUUAAAAAUGACUAAACCUGGAGAUCUACCCUAUCGCCUUUAUGAGUGGGCAACGAAAGAAAUGCAGUUUCGCCCUCCACCAUCUUGCCCACGCAUGCCAACCAUUGAAAACUUCAGAACGUUAACGAUGGGAGGGAAUAACGCAAAGGUGUGGAAAUAUGUUAUUGAAAAUGUUGCUUCCACCAAAAAGCUAAGUAAGAUCCGAGGGAACUUAAGCCUGUGUGAAGAGGAGCAGCAGCUCAUUACCCUUAAUGAAGAGAAUGAGAUGAAGAAGAAAAAGAUUGAAAAACUGAAACAGGAGAUUAGAUAUUUGGAGAUGGACGGGAAGCAGUUGGAAGAAGAACUCUUUGAGUCAGAUGCAACCCUGUCUGAUGCCUAUACCGAAUUGUUCAAUCUGAAAAAGAAGUCGGUCCUCUUGUCCCAAUUUUCUGCUCAGUCCAAGAAACAGAUGUCGGUAUUCAACUGUUUGCAGCAACAGAUUUCAGAGAAGUUGGCCGAUUCUCAAAAUGUCUCUGACAAGGAGGCAAGGCUCUAUUAUUGUGUCAACUCCUCCAACAAAACUGAAACAUCCUGCCAGAAAAAUGUUCGUGAAAAUAUUGAGAAAAUAUACAAAGACCUCUUGGAUAUGCAUCAGAACAACCAAGCUCUUCGGAACCAAGAUGAUGAGGAGAUAUUACAGAGGAACUGGCAGGAAACGGUGGAAUCAACCAUGGGGAAGUUCCCUGCAAGCAGCAUUAUGGAAACUCUGAUAAAUAUGACAAAUGAAGCGAGUUGCAGUUUGGGCCAGAAAACCACAGAAUUAAAUUUUGAAGCAGAACUUUCAAAAUUAAAGAAAAAAUAUGAAGACCAGACAUCAAACGGUUCCACUCCAAACCAAAUUCUCCAGCAGAAUGUCGAUCAACAGAUAUUGGAAAGCCAGAAAUCUCACAUAAUGAAGGACAUCAACACGAAGAAUCUUCAGACCCAGAACCAGAAAGAUAAACUUCAAGUGGAAGAGAUGCUCAAAGUGGCCAACGCCCUUCUGCAGGAGAUCCUUGAGGAUGAUCCACAAAAGAUGUCGAUGGCUAAGGACCUGUUGCAGAGAGAAGUCCAAGCUGCUGGUCUUGAGGCCUCCAUGAGUUGCCUUGAGAAAGAAACCUGCCGACUGAGAGAGGAACUUCUGAAAGGAGACGGAGAAAAGAAGCUCCUGGAGAAGAAACAGGAACGGAUCGAGAACAUGCAAACGUUAAUUCAAAAGAAAAGUGAUCUGAUUCAAGAACUCCAUGAAGAUUUCUACUCAUCCAAGAGCGAGCUAGAUAACGGCCAUAUUCAGAUGGUAAACUUUGUUAAAGAGAAACUUGUCCCCCACAAGGAAUCUGUUCGACAUUUUGAGGGGGACCUUAAAAAUGUGGUCACAGAUGAAGUAACCAAAUUUCUUGAUGCUUCAUUGCCUCAUCUGAUGACGGUUGAUGUCAAUGGAUGUAAAAUCCCCAGGACCGAAUUGUCUAUAAACCAGCUGAAUCCAGAUUUUGUACUCAACUCCGAGAACUGUCUCCGAGGAAUACUUAGAGCAGUAGACUUCCCGAUGUUUAAGGCCCCAGAGCAUAUACUGGCUCACAUCAGCCAAUUGAAAGCGAACAUUAUGAAGAACCAGUUGAUCCAAAACCUUGCCACCGAUGCAACCUCGAAUCAGUCGGAUUCUGGAAACGAAGUGGAAAUCAUUGAGAAACUCGAAGAACUCUUUGAAAUGCUGAACCAAAGCGAACAUGAAAUCCAGACCUCAAUACACCAGAAUCUAAAGCAGAACCUGAAGAAAGUUGUGUCAGACAUCAAUUCCCUGUCAGUGCUGAAGCGCCGAAUCGAAGAAUGGGAAACGCAGCCUGCUCAACAUGCCGUGCCAUGGGUUAAAGUAAACGGCUCAACGUUUGACCAGUGGAUGGAACGAUGGAAAGUGGCCGUGGCACAACUCCGCCAAUAUCAAGUUGCAGAUCUCUGUUGAUUCUCCCAGCUGCUUCCUCCUCC